CAGUCUAAACACGGCUGUCUUCAUCCCUGUUGUUGUUUCAUAUUCAGUAUAUUUGAUCUACUGUACUCCGGCUCUCUAUGGGGUGACGCGUUAAAAAAAAAAAGAUCCAAUGGUAUAGCAUCUGAGCAUCGAGUCUAAAUGGGGCUGCUGGAUAAACUGUCGGGCUGGCUCGGCCUGAGGAAGAAAGAGGUCAACGUUCUGUGUUUGGGACUCGACAACAGCGGGAAAACGACCAUCAUCAACCAACUCAAACCCUCCUCUCAUUUGAAUCAUUUAGGCCCAUUGUCACCCGAAUGGAAACAUGUUAGUCAGACACCAGCACAGGAAAUAGUCCCGACCAUUGGCUUCAACAUUGAAAAGUUCAAGAGUUCAAGCCUCUCUUUUACAGUCUUUGAUAUGUCCGGCCAGAGCAGAUACAGAAACCUGUGGGAGCAUUACUACAAAGAAAGUCACGCCAUCAUCUUUGUCAUUGACAGCGGUGACAAACUGAGGAUGGUUGUUGCCAAAGAGGAAUUAGAUACUCUUCUCAACCACGAAGAUAUCCGCAACAGAAAGAUGCCUGUGCUGUUCUUUGCUAACAAGAUGGAUCUACGGGACGCCGUGUCUUCUGUCAAGGUCUCCCAGAUGUUGUCUUUAGAGAACAUCAAAGACAAACCCUGGCACAUCUGUGCGAGUGAUGCUAUCAAAGGAGAGGGCCUGCAGGAGGGGCUGGACUGGCUACAAGGUAAAGUCUGCUCAGUAACUUGGAUUAAAACCACAAACCGGGCCACAAGAAAAUAA